UCGUGACCGUCGGACGUGGGUACGCUUCAGUCGGCCAUCAGACGACGGGGCACAUCGAAUGCCAUAAUAUUUUAUCGCGAAAUAUCGUAUACGACAAUAUUCGACGUCGUGUGACAGUAUAUAGUCGGUCUGCCGUACACUCCGAACGCGGUCCGGUCGUCGUCUCGCGUGCGUUGAAAAACAAUAGCAAGUCGAUAUCGUCGAAACAUUAUCCGAUCCGUCGUCGCCGCCGCCGCCGCCGCCGCCGCCUGCGUCCGGGUAACACGCACGCAUAAUAUCGCGACGCCAGUUUUUUUCGACAGGAAACCAGAGGACGAGCGCAGGACCUACGCAGGACCUACGCAGGACCUAAGCAGGAUCUACGCGGACGCUCUAGCUCGCCAUGGGAGACGGCCGCAGAGAGAAACUACUCGGCGCCGACCGGCUGGACGUGGAGGACUUGCCGGACGCCGGGGACCGUUUCGAGCUCGGAAAAAUUCUCGGCUCGGGGAUAUUCUGUAACGUUUACGCAGCCAUCGACACUGAAUCGGGGAAAAAUGUUGCGAUCAAAAUUCAAAAACUCAACGAAUAUACGGCCAGCGAAAAAGACACCAACGAAGAGUAUCGGAUAUUGAGAGAUCUGUCGUCGCAUCCAAACAUGCCCGACUUUUACGGCGCUUACACCAAAAAUAACGCUGUCGAAUUGUGGUUUGUCAUGGAGAUGUGCGAAGGAGGAACUAUCGUGGACUUGGUCAAUGGUCUUUUGUUACAGAACAAAAAAAUGAAAGAAGAGCACAUCGGAUAUUUACUCAAAGAACUGAUCAAGGCCUUGUGUUUUUUACACGAUAAUCACGUGAUUCACCGAGACAUCCGAGGCUCGAACGUGCUGUUGACGAAGAACGGGGAAGUGAAAUUGGUAGAUUUCGGUCAAUCCAGGGAACUACAGGGUCCCGAAUAUAAGGCUAACACGGGAGUUGGAUCUCCCGCAUGGAUGGCACCAGAAGUAGUUCUGGCUGAAUACAAAGACAGUUCCGGCGAACAGCCAUAUUACGAUCAGAAAAUCGACGUUUGGGCAGUCGGUAUUACCGCUAUUGAGUUGGGUGACGGUAAACCACCGUACCUCGACAUCCACCCGACGAGGGCGUUGUUCCAAAUUGUUAGAAAUCCGCCCCCAGGACUAUCCAAACCGUCAAACUGGUCGCAAUUGUUUAAUGACUUCAUUGCCGAGUGUUUGGAAAAAAAUCCUGAUCACCGUCCAUACAUGGAAGAGCUUUUAGAACAUCCGUUUUUAACGCAAGUUCCAGAAAAUGUACAACAAGAAUUAAAGUCAGUUAUGUCAUCGAUUGUUGACGACGUGACGUCUAUUCGAAAACCAGAAGUCAGGAUUAUAAAAAAUGGAUACUUAAAAGUGAAUCAAAAGGAAGCUGCCAAACCCAUGCAUCUGGAAGAUUUAGCCGCGUUGAAAGACGUGUCCGAAGAGACCGUUCUCGACGAAUUGCAAAAUCGCCAUUCGGACGGUCUGAGCUACACGUUUGUCGGCGACGUGCUGUUGUACUUGAACCCGAAUCGAGACGAGCCUCUGUACGAGAAAAAGCAUCAUUAUCGUUAUCAAUUCAAAUGCCGAUCCGAUAACGCGCCUCACAUAUUUAGCGUGGCCGAUGCAGCUUAUCAGGACAUGCUACACCACGAACAGCCACAACACAUACUGAUGGCGGGCGAGACUAAGUCGGGAAAAUCGUUGAAUUACGGGAAGUUAAUCGAACAUUUGCUGUUCUUGGGAGAGCAAAACCACAUCAAAGUGAACGACAUCGGUUUGAAAAUAAAAUGCGCCAUAGACGUGAUUCAAGCUUUCGGAAACGCGGCCAACAAAUAUCACAUAAACUCCACUCGGCACGUGAAUCAGACCCAAAUCACAUACUCGUCAACCGGCAAGAUCAGUGGUGCCAUAUUUUUCAUCUACCAGUUAGAAAAUUGGAGAGUAACAAACACCAAGAGUAAUGGACAAAAGAAUUUCCACGUGUUCUACGAUUUCUUGGAGGCGGCCAAAGCCGAUCAAGUUUUCAAGCAAUACCACUUGGAGGAGGACCGUCGGUAUCGGUACUUGGUGGGUGAAGGUUCGGACGAGCGCUUCCGGUACCAGCCCAAGUCGAACGUGAAAAACUUCAACAAACUGUUGACUUGCAUGAAGGACACGUUGGAGUUUAGUGACGAACAUUUGAACACGACCUGGCGCAUUUUGGCGGCCAUACUCAAUCUUGGCGAGUUGAGCGUUUCCGACGACGAUGAUGGCGAGACAAAGAUCGAAGGCGCCGAACUACUCGCGAAGAUCGCCGAACUGUUGGAAGUGGACUCGAAGAAGCUGAGCUGGUCGUUGUUGAAUUACUGCGUAGUGGUCAACGGCACUGCGGUUCGUCGCAAGCAAACGGUUUCGGGGGUGUACGAGUGCUUGCGAGUGUUCUCCCAGACAUUGUACGCCAGGCUGUUCGAUUGGAUAGUGAACGUCAUCAAUCUGAAACUAUCGUUCACCAGGGCCAUAUUCGGAGACACGCACGUGGUGUAUUUGAUGGACUCGUUCGGUUUCGAAUGUUUCCACCAGAACAAUUUGGAUCAACUAUACGUCAACUGUCUAAACGAACAACUCCAGUACCAUUACAACCAACGGAUGUUCGCUUGGGUAAUGCAAGACUUGGAGGAAGAGGGCAUGGACCAGUACAGCAUGCAAUACCGAAACAAUAAACCGAUAAUAGAUGCACUUAUGAACAACCCAGAUGGACUUUUUUACAUGUUUGACGAUGCUACUAAAAACUGUGAAGAAAACUGUGAAUAUAUCACAAAUGCACUAGAGAUCAACCCCAAAGAACCAUACAUCCACGUGGCCAGUUCAAAGAGCUUUAGCGUGGCGCAUUAUAGUGGUACCGUCUCAUAUCAGUUGAAAGACGUGCUUGAAAAAAAUCGUGACUUCUUGGCACCUGAAGUUGUCGAGACAAUGCGUAUGUCCAAAGACAACGUGAUAAAGGACUUAUUCUCCAACCGGUUGACAAAAUCUGGAAAUCUAACCGUGUGCAGAGAGAAGACUUUAAUGGUAAAAACUAAAAAUAGCAAAAUCAGUAGAUGGGGCGCUGCGUUGAUGUCAGAAAAAACACCGAUUCGAAAGUACAACACGGAAUCUCGCGGGGAGUAUUCGCAAACUCGGCGCAUGCGCACCGCGUCUGCGGUGUAUCGGUCGAGCAGCAUGGAAAUCUUGCGGUCGCUGGCCGACACGGCCGAGUACAAGAACGGCGUGCACUUCGUCCGAUGCAUGAGGGCGACGCUUACCGACGAGCCACUCGGCUUCCAACCGGAAGUGGUCAGGCAGCAGCUCAAGGCGCUGUCCGUCGUCGAGACAGUGUCCGCCCGGCAGGACGGUUACUCUUGCCGGAUAUCGUUCCACGAGUUCAUACACAGGUAUAAGUUUUUGGCAUUCGAUUUUUACGAAAACGUUGAAGUCACCAAGGAAAACUGUAGACUAUUGCUGAUUCGUCUAAAAAUGGAAGGGUGGCUUAUUGGAAAGAGCAAAGUUUUUCUACGGUACUACAACGAGGAAUACUUGUCCAGACUCUAUGAGACCCAAGUGAAGAAAGUUAUAAAAGUGCAGUCGAUGCUCCGAGCAUUCAUCACGAAAAGGAAAAUUGGACCGCAGUUGAUAAAACAACAAUCUGCGAAUAAACGAAAGUAUUCAACUACUCACGAAGAAGCAGCACUUGUCAUACAAAGACAUUAUAAGGGAUAUCAAGUACGAAAUAAAAACAGUUCAAUAAAAAUCGGCAAGCUUGAUGCCGUGGGACGUAAGAAACUAAAAAUGAUUAUUAAUAAAUGGAAAGGAAAAUCAAUUUAUCAAGUCGUAUUGUUGGAUCGAGCCAACAAACUUCAAGACGUUGUAUACUUUUCGUUGCAGGUGCACCUGUACAACCAACAUGCGAUUAGUAACUUGAACAACAUGAACCACCGACCGGUCAUGCUGAAAGAUGUGAUGAGCACGACCAGCGUAAACGAAUUCCUGGGCAGCAAGAGGUGUUAUUUGUACAAGAUACCGUUCCAAUUGAAUCAAAUGGACACGGAAACCAAUCACAACAACUUGAUGGACGAGAGUAUGGUGAACAAUGUGGACGACUGCAAUUGGGACUCUCCUCUGAAUCGUUUUCCAGAAGCUCGUACUGCAUUCAAAAUUUUGAAACACUCGUUCGCAGUCCGAGAUCAAGGCGUACAAGUGGAUGUAGUUCAAGGAGUUCGAUUUUCCGAUACCGAAAACAGUAAACCACAAUAUUAUGAAAACAAUCGUAUGUAUCAAAAACAGGAUGAAAAACCAAUAAGACAACCAAUGAGUGACAACAGAUACAGUGUUAACGGGAAAAACGAUUCGAAAGUGAUCACUACAGUGAACAAAUCAAACAUAAAAAAACCAUCGGAUAAAUCAAAUCCUGUUCUUGAACUCCAAUUAAAAGGUAAACAGUACCAGUCGGGUUACACGGACGAAGACGAUCCUCCUUACAAUUUUCAGGCGAUUUUGAAAAAGACCAACUACAAACGUCCGUCACUGGACGGUCGGACUAUAGAGUUCUCGUCGGCUAAGUCCGGCGGCGACAGAAUGACGGACAGAGGAGGGUACGGUGGCGGGGGACCGGACCGGGUGACGCGGAUAGAAGAGGAUUACGGUCGCAGGUCGGACGCAGACAACGUGAAACGGUCGAAGGACUACAAGAACGAGCUGAACCAUCAACUGUCCAGAGCGACGAGGACUGAGAUCAUACCCGGGGUGGUGCUCGAGGGCUCUUCUUGCGACCUUUAGAUACCGGCUGACGGCCGUUGACGUCGCGAAAAUUAGUCAUUACUAGGGCUCGGAAGUUAUUGCACUAAGCACUAGCUUUGAAAAUUGCAGAAAAAUAUCACACAAAAUCACACUUAAAAUUCGCGUUAAAAAUGAAUUAACUAAUACAAAUUCGAAUUAAACAGAUUUUCAUAAUUUGAUUUGAUUUUUAUUUUAUCUUGUUUCUUCGGUACGAUUAAAAAUAAAAUAUUACACAAUUCAAAUUCAAACUAAACUGGUUUUUCUUCGGUCUUUAAACGUGAAUAAGAAUAUUACGAAAUUGAUGAAUAGCAAACGCAAUACAAUGAAAAUAUACUAUAUAUACAUUAUACAUAUUAUGAAUCAUAAUAAUUCCGUAAUAGUUUUGGGAAAAUAAUAAUCACGGCAUCACCUUAUCGCAUUUCCGGUUGGCCACGACGGUGACCGCAUCAAUAAGAACAAAAAAAUACAAUUGUUGUAAAUACUUAUUGUGUAUCUAAGAUUGUACUAAAAAUUAGGAAGGUCAACGAAAUUGCAAAGAGUUGCACUAAAAAUUCUAUGCAGAUUUAAAUUCGUACUCGCAUGAAACGAAUUUAAAACCUACUUAUAGCAGAAAAUCAAAACAAUGGGAAAAAAAGUUCGCAAAUGAAACAACAACCGAGCCCUAUAGUUAUUUCAUUAUAAUUAUUAUAUAACUAUUAUACCAUGAUAUCAUGAACGGGAUACGGAUACAUUUUUACGUUCGCUUUCUAUAUAGUCGCUUUUAUAAUAAUUGUAGUUAGGUGCACAGUGUUAGUCGUGAAGUCUUUUCGGCGUCAUCAUCUGUAACGAUCCGGCUGGAUUAAAUUUGUCCUGAUAUUCACCAGUCACAGUCUGUCGCCUUACCGCUUCCGUUUUAACCGCGGUAACAGAUGAACAUUUUUAAAAUAUAAACACUUGAAACUAUGUCAUACACCCAUGCCUUUCAAACUCGUAUUGGCCACUUUAUAUAGUUAUAAGAAUAUACUAACACUUUUUUAUGUGAUUAUAUUACACUCUAGUGUGAUAACCGAUGUAAUAGCGACAGUAUAAUAUCUUUUAUUUAA